AUGGAGAUCUGGAGGGUCCGAUUGUUACUGCCGGUUGAAGACUAUAAUACUCAUAUUUCUGACCCUUGCCGUGGGUGGAAAUGGGUCGAGGUCUCGAGGAUAAACCGGCGUGAGGUCGUCCGUCGCUUCAAUCCCGUCCGUACCAAUUUGUCCUCCACGACUCCCAUCCAAGUGGGAAAUGGCAAUUUUGCCUUUGGAGCUGAUAUUACCGGCCUUCAGACCAUUCUGCCGUACAACAUUCUGUCCUCCUGGUCUUGGGUCAAUGACUCUCUGCCUACCGAGCCGGGCCAGGAUGACCCCUCCGACUUCACCGGACUGGACUGGUGGACCCAUGGCAGACUGGUAAACUAUGAUAUGCCAAAUCCGGCCGAAGCGGCCCUCUUGACUUGGCUGAGGGCGAAUCCACAUCGUGGUAACCUAGGACGCAUCGGUCGUCUAUACAAUGGCAAGAACAUCUCGCUGGCGGACUUGUCCAACAUGUCACAGAACUUGGAUCUCUAUACUGGACGUUUGACAUCUGAAUUCUUUCUCGGAGGGGAGAGGGUAGUUGUGCAGACCGUUGGAAGCCCGAGUUCGGACGAGGUUGCGGUGCGCAUCGAUUCGCAGCUUCUGCAAAAUGGCUCUUUGAGUGUCUUCUUCUACUAUCCCCUGACUACCAGGGCAGCGUCAUUCCAAGCGCCGUUUGUCGGUGAUUGGAAUGCUGUAUCGAAUCAUACAACGAAGCUGUCCCUCAAUGACCACCAGAAAGCCGUAAUUGAGCAUUCUCUGGGAGGAACAACCUACUACAGCAGCAUUUUAACCCAUCGAUAUGUUCUCAACCCAUCUGGGAAAACGACCUUUUCCUUCACUUCCACCUAUACCCCGGAGCUGAGCACCGAGGUCAGCACAUUCAACAGGAUAAAAGCAGAAUCAGCGAUCUGGUGGGCCAAGUACUGGGAAUCAGGAUCGUUCGUCGACCUCACGGCCACCAGAAGCUCGGACACCGAAGAACUGCAGCGGCGCAUCAUUCUCUCGCAGUAUCUCCUUGCUGUCAAUUGCGCGGGGAGGGACCCUCCGCAAGAAGCAGGACUGCAAAACAACGGAUGGUACGGAAAGUUCCAUCUUGAGAUGGUGUUUUGGCAUCUGGGCCACUGGGCCGAUGGGCGCGCCAAAGAACAGGGGUACUCAGGCGCUCGACUGGGUAAGAUGAGCGAUCCAUCCGAUCGAUCCGCCCCCGGAGAGAUCAACGCGCUGUUGGUCUGGCAGCAACCGCACGCGAUGAAAUGGGGCACCAUCUUGACAGAACUCGCCGAGUUCAUGGCCUCGUACGCGUGGUGGAAUAGCUGGACGCAGGUGUACGAUCUAGGUCCGCCAUUGUACCCAUCGUCGGAGAACACGAACCCGAAUUCAACAUACAAUCCCACCUUCGAACCGGCGUACUGGCGCUUCGGCCUGCAAAUUGCCUCGGAGUGGAAGCGUCGACAAGGUCAAUCUGUUCCAUCUGAGUGGACACGUGUUCAACGUAACCUGGCCGCUCUGCCCUUGACAGAUGGAGCGUACACCAUUUGUGCAGAUCUCCCGGAUAUGUGGGCCACCUACGAUUACAUUUCUGACCAUCCCAGCCAGGUUGCCGUGUACGGCCUUCUCCCUCCCACGCCUGGUGUGGACGUCGGGAUCGUCAACGCGACGAUGAUGAAGAUCAAUCAGGUUUGGAACUUGACCAACUCAUACGGUUGGGAUUUCCCCAUGUUGGCUCUAACGGCUACCCGUCUGGGGAACCCGCAGCAGGCCGUGGACUAUCUUCUCAACCCCGUCUUUCAAUUUGAUGACGUCGGCAAUCCCAUUGGCGGUACGCGGGUGCCCACUCCGUACUUCCCUGCCUCAUCUUCCUUGCUUCUUGCAGUUGCGAUGAUGGCGGGGGGAUGGGAUGGCGACGAAGGUCCGCAUUUUCCCCUCGGUUGGAAUGCAAAGACAGAAGGUUUUACUCCUGGUCUUUGA